AAUAGGAGCGGCUUACCGUGCAGCGUCGGCAACCGUUGGUCGACCAAUUGCGUGUCACGAAAACGAAGCACCGAAUUUGUAUUUUCGUCUCGCGAGCUGCUCGUUGUGCUCGUUUCAGGUCUGCUGAAGUUAAAGGAAGAUGAUGGAUGCACUGUCGGUGGUGACUCAACUUCGGGACCUGGCUUCUGAGCCACAGAACCGGGAGGUGAUAGUUCAGGACCAGGGCUGUCUCCCCGGCCUGGUUCUCUUCCUGGACCACAAGAAUCCAGAAGUGCUGUUUGCAACUCUUCAGACCCUGCGCUACUUGGCCGAGUUGUCCCCCAACAUCCCCACCAUGAAGAAUGAACUGGGUAUGAUGGUGAGCUUGGAGAAUCUAAUCGUGAGGGAGGGCCUGUCUGUUGACAUCAAAGCCUUGGCACAGGAGGUGUAUGACAUUCUGAGUGGACCUGCUAAUCCUGUGCCACGCACAACCGAGAGAGAGAAGAGACAGAAAUCCCAGUUCUUUAUCAACUCCUCCAACAAGAAGGCUAAGUCUGUCACUCUGCACAUCAAAGGGCUGGACAGCACUCACCAGCGAAGCUUGUGUGAGGAGGCCCUUCUAAAGGUCAGAGGAGUGAUCAGCUUCACCUUCCAGAUGGCUUCUAAGAGAUGCACCGUCCGCAUCCGUUCAGACCUGUCCACUGAGAGUCUGGCAUCAGCCAUCGCUGCCACAAAGGUGUUGUCGGCCCAACAGGUGGUGAAGAAUGAGGCCGGAGAAGAGGUUUUCAUCCCACUGAACUCAUCUGGAGUGGAGGUGCAGCAAAACUCAGCUAUACCAGACUACCUCCCAGAGGAGGAGAGCCCAGAGAAGGAGGUCGACCGAGCAAUCUCCCGCACUACAGCGAAGGAAGAUUCUAGUGGGAGCUGGCUCAACACUGCGGCCAGUUUCCUCACCAAAACAUUCUACUGGUGAAACUGGUCCUGUUUGAUUCAUUGAGAUCCAGUGAUGGAAAAGUGUGCUAAAAGAAUUUUUUGUGUGUGUUACUGGAGUGGACAGUACUGGAUGUCAGUGCACCACAGGCCACCGUGUUGGUUUUGUGUGCGUGAUCUGAGCUUCACCAACUUGCCAUCAUUUCUGGUGAAAAACACGUCAACAUGUACAAGAGCACUUCUCAUUUUACCUCUGUUGUGCUAAGUUGAAUGGAGGAAAACUUGAAAAAUGUGUUUGUUUCUGGACUUUCUAUCCACUAUUCUCAUGAAAUGUAAAUAUUUUCUGUAGGACUUCCCAAACGUCAAUUUUCUCUCUACGUGUAAAAAAGAUUUUUUUUUCUACUUUUCUAUGCAGUUAGAAAAGGUUGUAUUCUACUGUCUGUUGCUAAAUGUAUUCUUUAUGCCAAAAUAAAUUUA